UGGAGUUCAGAAUGGGAGGAGACAUACUGAUCAGUCAGAACUGUCUUUGAAAAAAGUUAACUCAGAUAACUGUACGUCACAGCAGUCCAUGACAGACACACAGAAUUCCUGUAAAUACUAGUCAAUAUUGCUGGUGUUGUGCAUUCUGGAGAUACAUUAUUACUACAAAUACUACCAAGGCUUUGCGAAUGGGAUGAACAUGCUGCUGUUGACUGCUUACUGACAGUAACCAGCUGGGCACUUCACUGGUGAUGUUUUUAUACUCACAUUGUCCAAUUGGAGUUUGUUCAGACUGAUUUUUCAAGAGAGGAAGAAAUCAAAGUGGAGUACCGUAAAUUUGACAUGGAUAAUAAAAAGAAAGACAAGGACAAGCCAGAUGAAAGAAUGGCACGGCCUAGUGGAAGGUCAGGCCAUAAUCUGCGUGGAGCUGGUUCUUCAAGUUCUGGAGUGUUAAUGGUUGGCCCUAACUUCAGAGUUGGCAAAAAAAUUGGAUGUGGUAAUUUUGGAGAACUACGGUUAGGAAAAAAUUUAUACACAAAUGAAUAUGUGGCAAUUAAGCUGGAGCCAAUGAAGUCGAGAGCACCACAGCUACAUUUGGAAUACAGAUUCUACAAGCAGCUAGGAUGUGGAGAUGGAAUACCUCAGGUUUACUAUUUUGGUCCAUGUGGCAAAUAUAAUGCUAUGGUGCUAGAACUACUAGGACCUAGUCUGGAAGAUUUAUUUGACUUGUGUGGUAGGACAUUUUCUCUUAAAACCGUUCUUAUGAUAGCCGUGCAGUUGAUUUCUCGUAUGGAGUAUGUCCAUUCAAAGAACUUGAUAUACAGAGAUGUAAAGCCUGAGAACUUCUUAAUAGGACGACCUGGAAACAAAACCCAGCAAACUAUUCAUAUUAUAGACUUUGGGUUGGCAAAGGAGUACGUAGAUCCAGAAACAAAGAAGCACAUACCAUAUCGAGAACACAAGAGCCUUACAGGAACAGCUAGAUACAUGAGUAUAAAUACACAUUUAGGAAAAGAGCAAAGCAGAAGAGAUGAUUUGGAAGCUUUAGGUCAUAUGUUUAUGUAUUUUCUCAGAGGAAGCCUUCCAUGGCAAGGUUUAAAGGCUGAUACAUUGAAAGAACGUUAUCAGAAAAUUGGAGACACAAAACGAGCAACCCCAAUAGAAGUAUUGUGUGAAAACUUCCCAGAGGAAAUGGCAACAUACCUACGUUAUGUAAGAAGUCUAGAUUUUUUUGAAAAGCCGGACUAUGACUACUUAAAAAACCUCUUCACAGACUUACUUGUUCAGAAAGACUAUGUGUUUGAUUAUGAAUAUGACUGGAUUGGCAAACAGUUGCCUACUCCAGUGGGUUCAGUACACUCAGACCCUGCACUGUCUUCAAGCAGAGAAGCAUAUCAGCACAGAGAUAAAAUACAACAAUCCAAAAAUCAGCCAACAGACCAUAGGGCAGCUUGGGACUCACAGCAAACUAAUCCACAUCAUUUGAGGGCUCACCUAGCAGCUGACAAACAUGGUGGCUCAGUACAGGUGCUGCUGUUUUUUCAAGCGGAGGAAAAGGAAAACCAUUCAGCGCCACAAAUGACUAGAAUCAAGGAGAACGUGGGAAAUUACUUACUUGUUCAACUACUGUCUCGUAAUCUUAAAAAAAACCCAAAACAACCAAGCCUCUGUAAUGACCAUAUGUUUUCCAAGGACUCCCUUAGAAACAAUGUCAUGUCUGUAUGGUUUGAUUUAGUUCUUCUGCAUCCAUCUUCUGUUUCUUUUAAUUCUGAAAGCUUUAAGGUUUUGUCAAAUAUGAGUGCUUGUUUGACCUUCAACAAAUGGACCAAUGAAAUGGUACAAAUGAAAGGUAUCUCCAGCAAAAGUGAACCUGAAAAGUAUUUCUCCUGUCCUAGGAAGUACUAGCAGUGUCUUAGCUGAAGACAGAUGGCAUAAAUGUAUUUGAUUUCAUAGCAGCAUAUCAAAAGCAAUUUUCUUCAAAAAUAUAGAAGAAAAAUACAGUUGCACAACCAUAUAGAAAAAUAAUAAAAUAUUAUUUAUUUUAUUUUCUGACAGCUGUAUUGAUUAUUUUUUCUUCCAGUAUUACUGGUGAUACUGUAGUCAGAUUAUAUCAGCAUUAAACCCUGCCUGUGAUACUGUGGUCCAGUCACUGUCUAGAGGUACUGAGAAGUCUGAUUUAACUGUUGACAGUUGUCUAAAUGCUGGCUAUACUAAUGAACAGAAAUUAUUUCCUGUAGUUUCUGGGUUUGAAAACCUGCUUUUGUUAUGCCUACAUAAUGUACUGGAAUUGCAGUACAGUAGUAAUGACAAGAGUUUGUACAAAAAAUAUAGAAUUUUUGUGUAAUUUGAGUUGUGCUUCCUGUAAUACCAGUAAAAUUUAAAUACCUUCAGAAGAGAUCUACAGAGGAAUUAUAAACAAAGAAAUAAAUGUGAAUCUGGUUAGUGGAAUAUGUAUUAUAGCCUAUAUAUUCACUAAGGUAACUGAUGAUUGACAACACCUUUAGCUUGAAAAUAUCAAUGUGCCAUUUCGUGUUAGUAUCUUUUUUUAAAUUAUUUUACUCUUUAAUUUAGAAAACACAAUGAAAGUGGGUUAGACUUCUGCCUUCUCUGCCUACUAGGCCAUAGCACCCAAAAUUUCCUGAGAUUUUUUUUUCUGGAAGUUUCUUGUCUUUCAGUGUAAUGUCACUACUAUAGUAGGAUGGCAAGGAUGUAUCAGGUACUUCCUCACAGUUGAAUGAAGUGCCUGCAGUAUGAAAAAACCAACAGUUGUGUAGACUAGGCAUCCCAUUUUAAUUUCCUUCUUCAGAAAAUACAUGCUUCUUUAAAAGCUGUAAUAACAGAGGUUUGCUGCCAGUUGUUGAAGGGGUAUGAAAGAUGGAAGUGACUAGACAGAUUUGUUGACCAAAACUCAGAUGAUAUCCUUUUUUUAAUAAUUCUUCUAGAGCUAAUAAGCAUUUUUUCUAUCCACACAUGUGUUUUGGCAUACUUAUUUAUUUUUAAUCUGUUUUGUGAUAGCAUUUUAAAUGUAUUUGAAAAUAAAUGCACACCUUUGAAUUCAUAAUUGCAUUUACAAGGAUUUUAAUUGUAUUUUUUAAUUUAUUUUUCCUUAACAGCCAAAAGUGUAUUUUAUUUUUGGAUUAUGUGCUCAUAUGUAUAGUUUGAUCUUUGUCAUUAUUACGGUUCAUGGUCUUUGUUUUAAAAAACCUGCACUUGGCCUACCAAAACAUACUGUACAACAGGUUGUGUUCUUAUCUCAAACUCAUGAAGUUACUUCUUUGUUUUCAUUUGAUCUGAAAAGGUGGAUUACUUUACCAUUCUCAUAUGAAAACACAUCUCUUUGUAGUACUUGACCAAAUUUGUUGCUUCAUUUCUAAGUACAUGUGGUAUGUGUAUUUCUCACACACCUGAUUAGUUUUGUUCUCAGAGGUUUUUGACCUGUACAAUGUUUGUAUGAGCUGAACUCCAUACACAUAACAAGAAAGUGUGCAUAUUAUGGACUUAAAAUAUUUUGAAUAUAUAGAAGCAGUAUAUUUGCUGAAAUGAUGGUAUCUAGGCACUUGCUUUUCAGCAAUAUUUUUUUAAAGAGCUUGAUUUCAAUGCUGAAGAAGGUUUUCUUGUAGAAAAGCAGUCAGUACUAAUACAGGUAUGUUCAGGUUAUGCCAGUCUGAUUUACAUUUGUAUCCUUUUUUUUUUUCCUCUCUAAGCUGAUCAAGUCAAUAUUGGCUGAAUGUCUAAAAGUGAAAUACAGUACAUCCCUGUUUAAAUGUAAGAUGAAAGAAUAAAGAUAGUUUUUUAAAAA